UGUCUCCAUGUCCCCUGCCCGAGUCAAGUUGGGGGGGUUCAGCCUGUCAAAACAGGUCCAAGACGGCGACCUCACGACCUACCACACUCGGUUCUUCGUUGGAUCCUACACAGCGCCAGAGGUUCUGGGACUGAACCUUGUUAGUGAGACGCCAGGAUACACAAAUGCCGUCGACACUUGGUCAAUCGGAUGCGUUAUAUACGAGCUACUUACGGGAGAGAUCUUGUUUUCCACUGCGAAACAAAUAUCCAGGUACUUCAUCGGCAAAUGCGGCUUCCCCGACGACAGACUCAAGAGUUUAUCCCCUCCGAUCAAUGACACGGGGAUCUCGUUGAUCAAUUCCAUGGUUUCAUUGCAGCCGGGUGCUCGCCCCAGUGCACUCGAUGCCCUGAACGACAAGUGGAUAACUGACCUUAUGAGUGAGCUUGAAGAUGGAGGUGGCGAAGGUGGUGGAGGUAGUAGAGGUAGUAGAGGUGGUGAAGGUGGUGAAUUUAACAAUGGAAGAGUGGUGAUAGGCGACAGAAACGGCGAGCGAAAUAAUGGACAAGAGACAGGACAGAACUCGCUCAGAACCGGUCUUGAGACCCUAAUACAUCACGCUCCCCCGAUUCCUUACCCAGGAGUUCCGUUGCUGCCGGAGCCUCGAGGCAAAGGCUCAAAACCCUUGCUCCACAAAUGGUUGGCCCAUAUAGCGAGUUUUUGGAAAGGUCGAGACUCCCGGAAGGCCUCUAAGGAUGAAAAACGCAACGAGCCAAGAAUGUAAAAAUUCCCCGAACCCCCUAACCCAUAUAAAACCCCAUAUAUGAGAACCCCUCGCUAACCACUUAACCCCCCAAUAGCGGUUCCAAGAAGCGGGACUGGGGCAUCAAACUUGGUUUCCCGCGAGGGCAAAAGGUCAAGUCACCAGAUGUAUGAUAUAUAGUAUGAUAUCAUACAGGAUUUCGGAGCACGCCACCCCAAGGAUGGCCGCCCUUGGCCGCCGGAAGGAGGUUGG